UCUUCUUAUUUGGGAUUUUACACUUGGCUUUGUUCCACCUUUUUCGCAGCGAAACAGAGAAACCUCCACGGGGCUUAGAAAAACAAAAACAGCGCAAUAAUAAAGCGAAAAAAUGGCAAUAAAAAAUUGUCAACUUCUGGCCAGCUGAACGCGGUCUAUUCCCCAGAGGGCCAACAACGCCACGGAAUUUAAUUUGAGUGCACCGCGUACAACUUCACCUUUUUUUGUAUAUAUUUUGUACCUGCGGCUGGUCGAGUAUAAGAAUAAACCCAAAUGGAUUAUGACUGGGCACCGAGCCAAAGGCAUUGAACCCCGGGCGGAGCGCAUUGCGGAGCACGGCUACCCGGCCGAAUCGCAUUUUGUGGAGACCCCGGACGGCUAUGUGCUGAAUGUGUUCCGCAUUACCCACUCCCCCAAGCUGAAUGGCAAUGGCAACGAGGGGCAGUCGGAGGCACCGCGCCCGGUGGUGCUCAUCAUGCACGGGCUGUUCAGCUGCUCGGAUUGCUUCCUGCUCAAUGGGCCGGAGGAUGCGCUGCCGUACAACUACGCAGAUGCCGGCUACGAUGUCUGGCUGGGCAACGCCCGUGGCAACAUCUAUUCGAGGAACAACACCCGGCUGGACGUGAAGCAUCCGUACUUCUGGAAGUUCAGCUGGCACGAGAUUGGCUCUAUCGAUCUGCCCGCCACGAUUGACUACAUCCUGGCUGAGACGGGUCAGCAGUCGCUGCACUACGUCGGCCACUCCCAGGGAUGCACUUCCUUCUUCGUAAUGGGCUCCUACCGCCCAGAGUACAAUGCCAAGAUCAAGACGGCGCACAUGCUCGCUCCGCCCGUCUACAUGGGCAACACCACGGAGGGUCUCAUCGUGAGCACAGCUCCGCUGUUUGGUCACCAUGGCAUUGGCUCCACGCUGCUGGAAAACCAGGUUUUGUUGCCCCAGAACGCGUUCAUCCAGCGAAUACUGGACACCACCUGCAGCAAUCAGCCGAUCAUGCUUAGCUACUGCAAAACCCUGGCCAUCCUCUGGGGAGGUCCCGAAAUCGGCAACCUUAACCAGACUCUGCUCCCACAAAUUGCCGAAACCCAUCCUGCUGGAGUCUCCUCAAACCAGGCCAUUCACUACAUACAGUCCUUCGCCUCCAACGAUUUCCGUUUGUACGAUUGGGGCACCAAGAGGAACCUGGAAUACUACGGCGUGCCAGAGCCUCCGGCAUAUGAUCUCACCAAGAUCACCUCCGAGCUGUACUUGUACUAUGGCUUGGCGGAUGGAUCGGCGAAUAAGCAGGACAUCUCCCGACUGCCCGAUCUUCUGCCCAAUUUGGCACUGCUUCACGAGGUGCCCGAUCCCACAUGGGGUCACUUGGACUUUAUCUUCGCCACGGACGUCAAGAGGGUAAUAAACGAUUUGGUUUUGGAUUACAGUAAGGCCUACGAUGCGGGGGAAACUAACAAUCAGAAUUGAGUUACCAUUUAUGACCAUAUGAUAAGAGCAAAAUAAAUGUUUGUUCCAAAUUAA